CCACCCGGACCUGCUCACGGGAGCACACUGAUGACGGUGAUUAGCUUAGCGGCUAGCUGCACCGGUUUCUGAUGAAAGUCCCCGAGUCGGUCUGCCUGUAGCUCCGUCACUCCUCGGUGUAAAACAGAAGAUAACAUGCGGCCAUCGCCGAUCGACUCUCCCAGACAGCCGGAGCAGCGGCGGUGAGAGGUGUGUGUGAGAUCGACCCAGAGUGCCGUCAUGGAGAAGCCCUGGAGGCUGUGGGGCUCCCUGGAGCGCUGGGCCCUGGCGCUGGCCUCCUGGUCCUGGGCCGCCUGCCGGGUCUCCUUGCUGGCCCUCAUCCUGUCCUUCCACCUCUACGGGGGCUUCUUCCUGCUGGCCCUCAUCCUGGCCUCGGUGGCCGGGAUCCUCUACAAGUUCCAGGACGUGCUGCUGUACUUCCCCGACCAGCCGUCCUCCUCUCGCCUCUACGUCCCCAUGCCCUCCGGCAUCCCCCACGAGAGCGUCUACAUCCGCACCAAGGACGGCGUCAAGCUCAACCUCAUCCUGCUGCGCUACACCGGGGGGGACUCGCUGUCCGGGCCCGCCGCCGGGGGGCCGGACGGCCCCUCCUCCUCCACCUCCCCCCCCACCAUCCUAUAUUUCCACGGCAACGCGGGCAACAUCGGGCACCGGGUGCCCAACGCGCUGCUGAUGCUGGUGAACCUGAAGGCCAACGUGGUGCUGGUGGACUACCGCGGCUACGGCAAGAGCGAGGGGGAGCCGGGCGAGAAGGGGCUGCACCUGGACGCCCAGGCCACGCUGGACUACGUCAUGACGCGGCCCGACCUGGACAAGACCAAGGUGGUGCUGUUCGGCCGCUCGCUGGGCGGCGCCGUGGCGGUGCACCUGGCCUCGCUCAACCCCCACCGCGUGGCGGCCACCAUCGUGGAGAACACCUUCCUCAGCAUCCCCCACAUGGCGGCCACGCUCUUCUCCUUCCUGCCCAUGCGGCUGCUGCCGCUGUGCUGCUACCGCAACCAGUUCCUGUCGUACCGGCAGAUCACGCAGUGCCGCAUGCCCUCGCUGUUCGUGUCGGGGCUGUCGGACCAGCUCAUCCCGCCGCUCAUGAUGAAGCAGCUGUACGAGCUGUCGCCCGCCCGGACUAAACGGCUCGCCAUCUUCCCCGAGGGCACACACAACGACACCUGGCAGUGCCACGGCUACUUCCCCGCGCUGGAGCAGUUCAUCAGGGAGCUGCUGAAGAGCCACGCCCAUGAGGAGGGCGUGCAGUCCACGGCCAGCGUCACCAUCAUCUAACGAGAGGGCCCCGGUCACCUGACCCCCGGUCACCUGACCCGACGGAAUGUACCUUUUUAAUGUCUAUUUUUUCUGAGCUGUCUGACUUUAUUUCAUCUUUUCCCGCCAUGGCCGUCGACCCUGAAUCGUGUCAUGUGACAUCCGGUCUUAGUCUACGGUUUUUAUGCAGAAGGCGGCUCCAACCGGUCUCACCAACCCCCUGAACUGUACGCCUGUGAAUGCAUGAAUCAAAGACCUUGACUAAUGACGCCUGCAAUGACUCCCCGACACGUCUGCAGUGCUCAGAACAGACGUUGCUUUGUUGGUUUUGGUGAUUAUUCCAGUCAAAGCGGUUUGAAGCGGUUCUGUCCAUGCCCUGCUCAGAGGCAUGCAGGCAGAAGUUAUGAAAAAACACCCCAAAUGAUCCUCACAGCAGCGCGCGCAUGCUGGGAAUUGUGUGUCCAAUAUAUUCGUUAAGUUUGGUUCGUGUAUCAUGGUAAAGGGUUUAAAAACAAUCUGAGAUCAUAUUUGAUAUGGAAUUAUGUUUUAUGAAGUGAAGAAAAAAAGAAAAAGUUACCCUUCCCAUUAUUACAAAUGUGGUUUAACAGGCUUAUUAAAUACCAAUAACUGGGGAGUUUGAUGUGUCUGGUUUCCCUCCCAAUACUCUCCUUUAUCAACUCAUAAUCAUCUGUUGAUCUCUGGUUUAUGGUGGAGCUCUCUCACCCCUCUAGGUCUGGCUCACACUGGCGUCUCGGUGGACAUUAACAAGGUCAUUAACCUUAAUUCCUGGAACGUCUUCCAAGAAGUGGAGCGAGGCUAGAGCAGCUCGCUGUUCUCUGCCCCGCCCCCCCCUGGCAUAUGCCCCACCUCCCUGGUCUAUGCCCCACCCCCCUGGUCUAUGUUCCGCCCCCUUGGUCUAUGCCCCACCCCCCUGUGUGCUGAGCACUGCGCAGUGAAGCCUUCUGUGGCGCUCUAUCGACUCGGCUCGGCCCUCUAAAGCACAGAGUAACCCCCCACCCCCAGGGUGCUCAGCGCAGGGGGGCGGCCCACACUGAAUGUGCCCCCGGUAGGACCCCCACCGCUGCGGUCUAGAAUGUCGUCUACCACAUUUCCGUUUCCUUUUUUGAUCUUGUGUGGAUUUUAUUCACAACGGAGCGUUCUGGCAUCUUCUUAAGCCCUCGACAGCGACUCUGUGUCCUGUAUUCGGUGUGUAAUCAUAACAUUUUCUAGAUAUGUUGCCUAUUCUGCCGUUGUACAGACUGCAACAGACAUGGGAGUAGGAAUCACCUGCAGUGAAGAGUGAACUUCUGGUUUCGUUUUCUCACAGACCACUGCUUUUGCUUUGGGGGAAAAGUGAUUCACGCUGCGGUAGUGUUUUAGGGUUGGGGUCCCAUCAUGUGCAGAGUUGACGUCGACACUCCCAGUCUAAACACCGUCCGUUGCAGUUGAGCUCGAGCAUAACGCCACAAAGGAGUGUGAGGAUGAGGAUGACUUGUGGGUAUUUUUUAUUUUUUUUCACCUUUCACCACACUUGAUGCUUUUCUAUUUUGGCAGAAUUUCAACCGCUCUGCUUUUCUAAGCACACAUUUCCAGUUUCUAUUUACUGUACAGUGACGCAAUAAAUUAAUACAUUCAAUUCA